GCCAGUUGUUCGUAUGAUGUGACAAUAGUUCCGCCUUCACACGCAAACAAGCAGGACAGGAAACAUGCGCACUUUUCCUCCCGGGUGAGAGUUAUUUUUUAUUUUUUUUAUUUUUUAUUUUUGGACUCCUGCUUGCGCGCUCUUGUCUGCGCCACCCCCCCCCUCCCCUCCCCUUUUCGUCCCGAGCCCGGACUCGACAGACGUUAGACAGAUGAGCUCCUUGUACGACCAGAACCGCUUGGAGGAGGAGCUGAGCCGGGUCAACUGCCCCGACGAGGAUCUGGACUUUGAGUACUUGUUUGAAUAUGAAGCAUCUUGCAGCAGCGAGGCUGAGGGAGGACGGCAAGAUGACCCGAAUCUUGCAUCUCACAAGGUCCUCAGUCCAGAGUCAGAGCAAGCCUUCCCCCUGGAGGACGUCUCCCUGUACGCGACUAAGUCCUGUAGUCGCUCCUACAUUGAACACCAGACUGAGGUUCUGACAGGAUAUGACACCCAGGAAGCCCGGAACUGCCUAGACAGUACCCGGCUCCCUGGUUUGGCCUUGAGCCCACGCAUCGAAAUCACCCCAUCCCGGGAGCACUACACCCACUCUGGCGAAUCCCUGCAGAACCACCACCCAAAAGUCAACAGUCCCCGACCCACCUUGACAGUGCCCGGCCAUGAGAACCUCUCCUACCGCGAGCCCCAAUGCCUGAGCCCUGCCAGCAGCAACUCAUCCACCAGCUGGCACUCGGAGAGCUACUCCCCUUGGGCGUCCCCCUGCGUGUCCCCAAGUAGCGGCCACAACCCUGGAGACCUGUGCCCCCGGUUACAGAACAUCCACACUGGCUCCCCUCGCACAUCCCCGGGCACGUCCCCAAGCUCCGGCCUAACUGAGGACGGCUACCUGGGAACGUGCUCACCCUCACCGCGUCCAGGCUCCUGCUCCACCUCCCCGCAGGGCAAACGCACUUACGACAUGUACAGAAAUCCCACUUUGGUGCCUGGCAUACGCUCGCGCAGCCCCUCCCCGCAUGGGGGCCACGAGGUUCACAACAUGGGGGCCCACAAUCCGCACAGCGCCUUGGCUGAAACCAUGAAUGGUUUUAGUUUGCCCACUAAACUAGUUAAGACUUCAAACCAGGUCUACACUCUGUACCAAGAGCAUCACAGUGAGGGGAACUACUUGGUGCCCUCUGACCAGGAUUUAAAAAGCAAACCUGCUCCAGAACCCUUCUUUGUCAUCCCUCCGAUCUGGUCAAAGCCGCUGGUCUCCAGCAUCUGCAGCAUCCCAUUGGCGUCCCUCCCCCCUCUGGAAUGGCCCAUGCCCAGCUGCACGGACCACUAUGAGCUCCACAUCGAGGUGCAGCCAAAGCCGCACCACAGAGCUCACUACGAAACGGAGGGAAGUAGAGGCGCCGUCAAGGCCCACACGGGAGGACACCCCGUGGUGCAGUUACGCGGCUACAAAGGCAAAGAGGCGCUUGGCCUGCAAAUCUUCAUUGGGACGGCAGACGAGCGCAUUCUCAAGCCGCACGCCUUCUACCAAGUGCACCGCAUCACCGGAAAGACAGUGACGACAAACAGUUUUGAGAAGAUCGUCAAUGGAACCAAAGUCCUGGAGAUGCCCCUAGAACCGAAGAACAACAUGAGAGCAAUAAUCGACUGUGCUGGUAUCCUGAAGCUGCGGAACGCCGACAUCGAGCUGAGGAAGGGCGAGACUGACGUCGGCCGAAAGAACACGCGCGUACGCCUCGUGUUCCGCGUGCACAUACCUCAGCCUGGAGGACAGCACGUCUCGCUACAAGUGGCCUCGCAUCCCGUUGAGUGUUCUCAGCGUUCAGCACAUGAACUUCCCAUCGUGGAGAAGCAGGACUCGGACAGCUGCCCCGUUCUGGGAGGCCAGCAGAUGAUCCUGAGCGGGCAGAACUUCAGCUCCGAUUCCAAAGUGGUUUUCAUGGAGAAAACGCAUGAUGGAAUGCAAAUUUGGGAAAUGGAAGCGACCGUGGACAAAGAUAAGAGCCAGCCAAGCAUGCUGUUUGUGGAGGUACCGUCCUACCGCGACUCGUCCGUCUGCCAUCCUGUCAAAGUGACCUUCUGUGUGGUCAACGGGAAGAGGAAGCGUAGUCAGCCCCAGCACUUCACCUACACACCACUGCAACCUCCAUCCAUCAAGACCGAACCCCUAGACGAGUAUGAAUUGGACCACAUGAGCUUUGCCAUGCCCCCCAUCAUGGGCAUACUCCCUCAUUCCUACUACCACAACCCACACAGCGUCCUCCAACCUGAUCACGGCCUCGUUUCCAGCAUGGCCUCCUGCCAGCGCCUUGGCUUCAGCCUCACAGGCCAAGAAUCCCGCUUCCCAAACCAAAGCCCGGCCAUUGUCUUCUCUCGCGCAGGGAAAAGCCUGAGCAACAGCUCGGGCACCUAUCAGCAGACUGGGCCAUUGAUCCCUGACCCCCACUGCUCUGUCCUGGUCCACACGGGUUCUCAAGCGCCAUCUGCCCCUCCAAUGGGUGCAGGGCAGAACCCUUCCAUUAUCCAGUUCUCCCCCACCAACCAGCACCUACUUCGGGCAGGAGACCAAACACAGCCUGACAACCAGCCCGUCCUUUACUGCGAAGGCUACUCUCCGCAGGGGACCCACCCAUCUCCGCCUCCCGAGGUGGCCGGGGACUCCUCUCAGCAAUACCCAACCGUUAUUCAGCAGCAGACGUACGCUCACAAGGGGCACCAGAAAGCCAGAGUACCUCCCGGGGGGACGCCAACAGAUAGCGCGAGGAGGGUGACAGUGAAGGAGGAGAACCUGGACCAGGCUUACCUAGAUGAUGGUGAGUUGAAUGAGAUCAUCUGCAAGGACCUGACUGGUGUUCAGACUCAAGGGCAGUCUUAGAGGACAGCGCCGAAGGAGAAAAUGGUGUCACACUCUGCGCCAGGCCCUCCUGGAAGCGCCUCCAUCGGCAACAGCAUCGGACAUUCUGGGUUUUGUGCACCAAUGCCAAUCCCCCCGACCCCCGGUCAUACUGUAGAAGCCCCUAUACAGACCACACAAAAACAGCUGGUAACUGUGCCUUAUUUUUGUUAAUAGAAGUAAUUUACCUCUUCUUGUUUACUAGUGAAUAAAUACAUGAAAAUUAUACAAACUUAAACGGUCGAUCAUCUCAAAAGUGCUGUUUGUAAUUAAGGUUAAAUGGAUGCCUUCACCAAAUGAACUUCAUGUUCAUGUGCACUAUGCAGUAUGUGUGUGUGUGUGUGUGUGUGUGUGUGUGUGUCCUUUGGAUAAUAUUCCAUUUUAUAUUUGUAAGGUGCAUAAUGCAUAAUAUUCAUGCAAAGUGUCUUUACAGGGCCUGUGAUGCUGCAUUUGGGGUGGUAGUUUGUGUUCAAAUUCUAAAUUCAGUGACAAUCUGCACUUUGACACAAUUUAAGUGGCCUUUGGAAAUUACAACUGCUUCUUUUUUAUGUGUGGUUCUCUUAACAUUUUCUUGUGUAUAUAGCAGAUUUUGUUUUAAUAUAAUGGCAGCAUAUUUCAUGCCAAAGUCUUGCCUAUGCACAAGAUUCUUGCAGCCCAUUGUAAACAGAGUACUGCAUCUGGUUCAUUAAUGUACACAUGUAAGGAUAUACGGGCUAUCCUAAAAUAGUUUGCUGUGACUGGAAAAGAAGAACGUUUUUUUCGUAUGUGUUCCAACCUAAUCAGACUCUUAAUUCCCUGAUGUGUUGAUGAAUUUGAAAAGCUGUAAAUGGGGUAAAACAGAAGUAUAAAGCAAGAUUUAAUCAGAGGCCGACCUAUUUUAUACAACAUAAUAUUGUGAUGUUUUAAUAUUACAUUGAUCUGAAUGAUGUUUCCCAUUGAGCCAGUACAGCACAAUUGCAGUUGCCUUAUCUUGAAUGUAUUCGCCCCAUUUUUUUUGGUAAAUAUUACCCUCAAAGUGCGAUUCUGAUGCUAGCGUAUGUGUAGCUUGUUAUCUUGUCUAAUGUCUUAUGUUUAUAUCAGGCAGCAUAUCAUUCUUUCUUUUUUUUUUUAAACAAGGGAACUGAAGGGAAUUAGGCCUCAUUAAUAUCUGGAAUCUUGUGUUUCAGUUCACUUGUUUAAUUUGAGUGAGCUUUUCUUAUUUACUGUUGAACUUUGAAUCUUGCUAUUUUUGUAUUCUUAAAAGUAGCAAUAAACUAUAUCCACAAUC